CUUACAUUUUUCUGUUGAGGGGAGGCUGAUAGAAGAGAGGGAUCGUGCCAGAGAGCUCAAUGGACCAGGUUUGCUCGAAAUACAAAGAUAAAAAACAUUAGGAGUGCUUUAUUAAGAUUAACAUUUAUUGUACAAGUAUAAACAGCCAAUUUUAAUAGUCACUUGCCUUAUGUUACUAAUAAACUGUAAAGAUAUGAGGGUCUUUAUUUACCUACUAAUGUGACGCAACAGCAUCAGUGGAUCCACAACCAGAAUCUUUGAACAAUAGGACAGCUUUAGUGAUGAACUGGACAUGGAAUUUUAAACACAGAAAAGACUAGUGAAGAAUACGCAGUUUUUUUUUUUUGUUUUUUUUAAACAACUAUAUUGUUCAGUUUUGGUGGUUUGAGAUAUUUAACACAAGUCCAUCAAGGGACAGUACAUGAUGCACCAGAAUGGGUCAUCGGGCUGAUGUGAAGAUGAACCACAGGAGCAGCCCAGCAAAAGCUUAUGAUUUCCUCCUGAAAUUCCUGCUGGUUGGAGACAGUGAUGUUGGGAAAGGGGAGAUACUGGCCAGUCUACAGGAUGGGUCCAGUGAAUCACCCUAUGGAUACAAUAUGGGAAUUGACUACAAGACAACUACUAUACUCCUCGAUGGACGUAGAGUCAAGCUCCAGCUUUGGGACACCUCAGGACAAGGCAGAUUCUGCACCAUAUUCCGCUCAUAUUCCAGAGGAGCACAGGGUGUUAUCCUUGUAUAUGACAUCACAAACCGGUGGUCUUUUGAUGGCAUCGACAGAUGGAUUAAAGAGAUUGAUGAGCAUGCACCAGGUGUUCCCAAGAUCCUGGUGGGAAACAGACUUCACCUGGCCUAUAAGCGUCAGGUGACCACUGAGCACGCCCAGGCCUUUGCAGAGCGACUAGGUGUCACAUUUUUCGAGGUCAGCCCUCUCUGUAACUUCAACAUUACUGAGUCCUUCACUGAGUUGGCCCGAAUUGUGCUCAUGAGGCAUGGUAUGGAGCGACUUUGGAGACCCAAUAAAGUGUUGAGUCUGCAGGACCUGUGCUGUCGUUCUAUCGUUUCCUGCACUCCAGUGCACCUUGUGGACAAACUUCCACUUCCUGUUGCCUUAAAGAGCCAUCUGAAGUCCUUCUCCAUGGCCAACGGCCUCAACGCCAGGAUGAUGCACGGACGUUCCUACUCGGUCAUAGCCAGCAGCGCUAAAAAAAGGAACGGAACCAAAAAAUCCAAAAUCAUCUAUCCGCCACUGAGCCCAUCCCAGAACUGCGCACGGACGAGCUGCAAGAUUUCAUAGAUCAAUGCAGCUGCUGUACUUACAACACAUACUCACAAUGCAAUUUAAACAAGGAGCUAGUGUUCAAAGCCACCACAGUCCGUACAAUAAAUAAGAAUGUGCUAGAGAACUGUGGCUCAUGAAGUCUUUGAUAUAUUAAGUGUUUGACCAAACUUGUUCACCAUGUUGGUUUGUUUAAAACACAUCCUCCUGGCCAUAUCUAAUUGUGAUUGCUGAACAGAAGUACAAGAGAGGAUCUGUUUCUAAGUGUUGCCAAGCCUUUAUAAUGCUCUGCAUUGUGUAAAUAUAUGUACAAGUUCUUCUGUCUUGUAAAUGUAUUGAUGGUACUGCAUUUUCCUGUGGAGGACUCUUUUUGCUACUGAACUUGGACCAAGCCAGCAGGAGAAACAGACAGCUUUCCUGUUUUGUGAUCACUUUCAAAAUGUACUUUACUGACAAGUAAUACCAGCUUAAUUUUCUUUAAUACUCUUAUUCAGACACCUUUCAGGGGCUAAGAGAGAAAAGUCAAGGUUGAGACACACAGCUCUUUGUAUUGUGUAUAUAAUUUGUUUUGUUUGAUACUACAUUGUUAGAAUUCUUAAUUAUUGUGAUACACUUGAUCUGUGACCAAUAUUGUUAUUAAACAAUACGUUUAUAUGGGAAACACACCAAAGAUGUGGGAGAUUACAGUGUGGCUUCAUUUGUCACAUUGAUAACAAUGCUAAUAUUUCAGAUUUACACUGCAAGCAAACAGAAAUUUCUAACAUGCUGUCACAUCAGGUUUUAAAUAAAGAUCAGUGAUCAAAUCAA